AUCACAUCAGUUUACAAACAAUUGAAAUUCACAUUCAGAGUGUUAUCAAAAUUAUUAUUGCAAGUAUACUAAGCUAUAUUGUAAUGACCGCAUAAUUCUUAAUAUGUAGUAAAGUGUGAAAGGGUUACGGGACUUGGUCUGGAUAGGCAACGAUUGUGAAGACAUAGAUCGAUCUAUGUAAUCGAGAAAGAUUGGUGCUUCAUUUAAGAGGUUGUAAUAUUAUAAAACGUCAUGAAUAUACAACAAAGCACAGAACUGGUCAUUUUCGUUACUCAUGUUGAGCCAGAGGAUUCAUUCCUUAAAAUCUGGGGCCAAGUUGAUAGAAAUGCUGGAACAUGCGUAGAACGUAUGAUUCUGCCUCUGGUCGAACAAUUUGCACGAAGUCAUGGUUGUAUUGGAUCAAGAGCUGGCUGCUUACGUAUAAAUGCACUUUGUUGUGCUAGAUUUCAAAAUGAAGGAUAUUACAGAGCAAAAGUAAUUAAUAUAAAUCCAGAUAAUACGGUAGUUUUACAGUUCGUCGAUUAUGGUAAUAUUGAGGUAUUACCACCUCAAGAAAUUCAUUUGCUUGAAAAUAUAACUGGUUCCGAGUCUCUAAGGUCUGCUCCACCUGCGGCAUUUGAAUUUAUAUUAAUGCACGUAUUACCGAUGAAUGGUAUCUGGGAUAAUGAAAUAAUUGAACUGAUCAAGAAAACAUUGUGUUACAAUGAAUAUAAAAUUUCAAUCCAAGCUAUAAUUAAUAAUCGUCGCUUCAUUAAACUUUGCUUUAAUAAUGAGGAUUUCAGUGAAAUAUUAAUCAAAAAACACAUGGCAAUAGGAACUACGUUACAAGAAAUGUUUAGGCCAUUAAAAUGUAUAAGAGAACCACAAGUGCCACUGGUAUAUCAGCAGUCAGACAAAUGCUUUAUAAGUAACAAUCGUGCUUCAAUGAUACCUGUGCAGAAUGUAAAUCCAUUUCAUUGUGGUGGAAAUGAUAUGCAUGGAUACCAAUCGAAUGUUCCUUUAUGUUGCACAGCUCAACAGAAAUACAUGAUGCAGUCAUCUGUGCAAGAAGCUCUUGUGUUUAAAUCACGUGUUUUAGAUGUACCAUCCAGACAUGAAGUACAUGUAUCUUCCGUAGAAGAUGGUCCACAUAAAUUCUCUGUACAACUUGAAAGUACAUCACAAAUAUUAAGCUCACUCAUGAGAGAUAUUAAUAGGCAUUCUAUAGAACCAUUGCAAGAACCUCCUUUACCUGGAUCAGUUUGUUUGGGCCGAUAUACGAAAACUAAAGUAUUAUACAGAGCUGUUGUAAUGUCUGUAAUGGAAAAUAAGUGCAAACUUUACUAUGUUGAUUUUGGUCAUACAGAGGUAUUACCAUACACAGAUAUUUUCCAACUGCCAUCUCAUUUUAUUAAUCCCAAAGUGCUUUCCAUUCGUUUUACACUCAGCGGUGUCCACGAGUUAAAUGUCACGGAAGAAAUGAAAGAAUACUUCAAGCAAAUUGUAUCGGAUAAACUGCUUGUUUUGCAUGUUUGCUCGCCGGAAGGGCCACCUUUGGUUCAGUACGGAGAUUUAUAUGAUAACGGGAAGAACAUAAAAAUUAUUCUUAGACAAGCAUUUCCAACACCGACAGUACUACCUAUAUCUUUUGGAUAUCAAGAAGCAAGGAAAUUAUCGAAAGAUGCCGAAGAAAUUGUACAUGUUUCAUUUGUGGAAUCUUGCAGAAAAUUUUUUGCAUUAUAAUUAGCUUACAACGUACCAAAACCAGAAAGAUUUAACAUUAAA